GUUAAAUUCAUUUAUAGUUCGCCUUUGCUUCACUAUACACUAAAAUUUAAAGUUGUCGCAAAAUAAAUAUUUUUUUUUUUGUGUUAAAAAUAAUGAAUACAAGUGAUAAAGUCACAAUAGAAACUAGAGAUAGUAAAAAAUUUUCAUUGAAAGAAGAAUGGGACGGUUGGAUAAAACAUUUAAAUUGGCCAUUUACUAUUUUUCAUGUGAUUUUUAAUAUUAUUGCCGUUUAUGGAAUUUUAACAUUUCCAUAUGCAUCGCAUAAAUUGACACUUUUGUGGGCUUAUUUUUAUUAUAUUUACACUGGUGCCGGAAUAACUAUUGGUGCUCAUCGUUUUUGGACACAUCGAGCUUAUAAAGCAAAAUUACCCCUUAAAAUUUUACUUGCCGGUGGUUACUAUGGUUCAGGCAUGUUCAGACUACGUCAGUGGAUUAAACUUCACAGAAUACAUCAUAAAUAUACCGAUACGGAUGCUGAUCCUCACAAUAUAAAGCGAGGAUUUUGGUUUGCACACAUUGGAUGGUUUCUAUUACCAAAACAUCCAGAAUUUACAAAAAGAUUAAAGGAAAUUGACAUGAGUGACAUAAAUGCUGAUCCAGUAGUGAAUUUUGGUGAUAAGUAUUUUCUGAUUGUAACAAUUAUGAUGACGUUUAUUUUUCCCACCCUUGUGCCAGUAAUGUUGUGGAAUGAAACUUGGUACUGUGCAAUAAUGUCUCAAUGUUUCAUGCGCUAUAUGAUUGUGUUAAAUGCAACAUGCUCUGUUAACAGUGUUGCACACAUGUUUGGAUCUAAACCCUACGACAGAACCAUAAGAUCAACUGACACAAAAUUCGUUCAAAUUUUCACUCUUGGAGAAGGAUGGCAUAAUUUUCAUCAUGUAUUCCCUUGGGAUUAUCGUGCAGGUGAAAUAGCAAAAAUUGAUUUUAAUUUUGGUUUAUAUGUUAUUAAUCAAUUUAAAAAAAUUGGAUGGGCCUAUGAUUGUAAAGUGGCAAGCAAUGAGCUAAUUCGAAAAGUAGCUGAAAAACGAGGUGAUGGUAAUUAUGAAUUAUGGAAAGAAGUGCCCGAAGAGGAGUAUCAUUAAAAAAAAAAGAAAGUAUAUAUUUUCAAAAUUAUUUCAUUACAUUCAUGUAAAAUAUUUAUUAAUAAAUAAAUAAAUAUGAAUACAA